GUCUUAUGAAAAUUCUCUCAACAGCACUUUGGCCACUUUUCCACUACCUGACCUGGAGCAAAGCCUCUGAUGGCAGAGAAGAGAAAGUCAACUGGGAGGAUUAUGUCGCUGUAAACACACAAUUCGCACAGUGCAUCGCUUCCCAAUAUCGUCAAGGAGACAAGAUCUGGAUCCAAGACUAUCACUUGCUAUUAGUGCCAGAAUUACUACGUGCCCUCGUUCCAGAGGCUCCCAUCGGGCUGUUCUUUCACGUUCCCUUUCCUAGUUCGGAACUCUUCCGUUGUUUGUCCACUCGCAAACAAAUCCUGACCGGCCUUCUAGGUGCUGAUUUGAUUGGAUUUCAGACGUUUUCAUACGCAAGGCACUUUAUUUCCUCCUGCACUCGUGUGCUUGGCCACGAAUCUACUCCUUUGGGAGUCAACGCUGCUGGUCACAUCGCCUCCGUUUGUACCAUUCCCAUAGGGAUCAAUGCUCAGCAUGUCGAUGUCCUAAGAAAUUCCCCUGGUGUGAUUGCAAAGGUAGAGUCUAUCCGUGAGACCUACAAGGGAAAGAAGAUCAUCGUAGGACGUGAUAAGUUGGAUGUUACCAAAGGAGUGAUUCAAAAGCUCUCUGCCUUUGAGAAAUUUUUGGAAAUGUACCCUCAAUGGAGAGACAAGGUUGUGCUGAUCCAAGUCACCACCCCAACUCACUCCAACAACUCGGGAUUGGAAUCCAAGAUCUCUGAUCAAGUCAGUCAUAUAAACAACACUUACGGAUCCUUUGAAUUUCUUCCCAUCCACUACUAUCAUCAAGAUGUUGAUCCUGACCAAUAUUAUGCGCUGCUAUCGGUGGCUGAUCUUGCUUUGAUCACUAGUGUUCGUGAUGGAAUGAACACCACAAGCUUAGAGUACAUUAUGUGCCAGCAGGAGCGCAAGAGCCCACUGAUCCUUUCGGAAUUUACAGGAAUGGCCGGCAGUUUGAGUGCUGCCAUGAUGGUUAAUCCUUGGAAUUUUGCUGGCGUUGCAAAGGCUAUAGACACCGCAUUGUCCAUGCCGCUAGAAGACAAGAUAACCCGUCAUACUCAAUUGUUUGAUCAUGUUAAGAACAACACGUCUGAAUUCUGGGCCCAGACCUUUGUUAAGCAGCUCCAGGUCAUUCGGGAACAACCCUUCCAAUUCAGCAGAACCCCAUUGUUGGACUAUCAAAAGUUGAAGGCUGAUUACGAUAAGGCUAACAAGAGGAUCAUGUUUUUUGACUACGAUGGUACAUUGACCCCUAUCGUAUCAGUCCCAUCUGCCGCUUUGCCACCCAAGGACAUGUCUGAAUACCUUCAGAUUUUGUGCGAUGACCCUAAAAAUGAGAUAUGGGUGAUUUCUGGUAGAGACCAGGAGUUUCUUGAGAAAUGGCUAGGAGGUAUUCGCAACCUCGGAUUCAGCGCUGAACACGGCUGUUUUAUGAAACAACCUAAUUCUGAUAAUUGGAUCAACAUGCUGGAAGACGUUGACAUGUCAUGGAAGAAUGACGUGCUGAAGAUUUUUGAUUACUACACUGAGCGUACACAGGGAAGUUUUGUGGAGCACAAAAAAUCUUCUAUUACCUGGCAUUACAGACUAGCUGAUCCACAAUACGGAUUGUUCCAGGCUCAAGAGUGCCAAAACCAUUUGGAAAACGCUCUUUUGUCGAAGUUACCCGUCGAAGUCAUGGUUGGCAAAAAAAAUCUGGAAGUCCGUCCAUUGGCCAUCAACAAGGGAGAAAUUGUCAAGAGAUUAUUGGCAUUAAGCCCAGAAGUUGAUUUUAUCGCGUGCGCUGGCGACGACAAGACAGAUGAAGACAUGUUCCGAGCUCUGUGUGCUUCCCCCGUGGGCGAUUCAUGUUACGCAAUUACUGUGGGUCCUUCAGAUAAGAAGACAUUGGCCAAUUGGCAUGUGGAAAACAGUGAAGACAUUGUUCAAGCUCUUGGACUAAUGGCUGGUGCAGCCAACGGUCAGUAAUCACUGUCAGUAUGAAUGAUAUGAAAUGGUAGAUUUACAAUUGUUACGAGUAUGAAGUGAUGGGAGUGAUAUAGAAGCAAGUCGAAG